AUAGUACUCUCUAAAGCUCUGGGCGUGAGAGGAGUUGUGAAAAAGUCACGUCUGCUGAUUAUGCUGGGCCAGACCAGGAUCCAUCUUGAUGACGUGGAGGGGCUCGGGCACUUCAUGGAAUUAGAAGUAGUUCUUGGUGAUGAUCAGACAGUGGAGUACGGCCAACAGAUAGCCAGUGACAUUAUGAACAAACUAGAGAUUAGUGAAAACGACUUGUUACAUUCGGCCUACAUGGAUAUGCUUCUAAGCAAAUAGUAUGAGGAUGUUUUGCCUCAUGUGUUUAUCUCAUCUAAUUAUGUGUUUAUCUCAU